AUGUCGUCUUGGGAUCAAACAAAGUUCUCUUUAACUCCUCGUUCAAGAGGAUCGUACCUCAUCACAAAUGAAAUUCUUCGUAAGGUGCCCCAAAUUCAUGAAUACGAGAUUGGGCAAUUGCACUUGUUCUUACAGCAUUCCUCAGCAGGUUUAACUUUGAACGAGAAUUGCGACCCUGAUGUUAGAGAAGAUAUGACCAACUCUUUGAAUAGAAUUGUGCCCGAAGGUGAUUUUUAUAUCCAUGCGGAUGAAGGUCCAGAUGACAUGCCCGGACAUAUCAAAUCUACCCUAGUUGGAACUUCCUUAACGAUUCCCAUCUCCAAGGGACAGUUAGCUCUUGGAACCUGGCAAGGUGUUUGGUUCUGUGAAUUCAGAGACUACGAACACACCCGUAAGAUAGUUGCUACAAUCAACGGAAUGAAGAAGAAAUAG